AUGAGAGAAAUAAUAAGCAUUCAUAUUGGACAAGCUGGAAUUCAGGUUGGUAAUUCAUGCUGGGAGCUAUAUUGCCUUGAACAUGGCAUUCAACCUGAUGGAACAAUGCCCAGUGAUGGCUCAGCUGAAGCACAUGAUGCUUUCAACACCUUCUUCAGUGAAAUUGGAAGUGGGCAAUAUGUUCCUAGGGCUCUGUUUGUUGACCUGGAACCUACUGUAAUUGAUGAAGUAAGAUGUGGUCCUUACAGACAACUAUUCCAUCCCGAACAAUUAAUGUCUGGUAAGGAAGAUGCUGCCAAUAACUUUGCAAGGGGACAUUACACAGUUGGAAAAGAGAUUGAAGAGUUGUGCCUUGACCGUAUCAGAAAAUUAGCUGACAAUUGCACUGGCUUGCAAGGAUUCUUGGUUUUCAAUGCUGUUGGUGGUGGCACCGGUUCUGGCUUGGGAUCAUUGCUUCUCGAACGUUUGUCUGUAGAUUAUGGAAAAAAGUCAAAACUUGGCUUCAUCAUUUAUCCUUCUCCUCAGGUAUCAACUGCAGUUGUUGAGCCUUACAACACUGUUCUUUCCAAUCACUCUCUUAUUGAGCACAGUGAUGUAGUUGUGCUCUUGGACAAUGAAGCAAUAUAUGACAUAUGCAGAAGAUCACUAGAAUUAGAAAGGCCAACUUACACCAACUUGAACCGUUUGAUAUCUCAAAUAAUAUCUUCCUUGACUACUUCCUUGAGAUUUGAUGGAGCAAUCAAUGUGGACAUUUCAGAGUUCCAAACCAACCUUGUGCCUUAUCCACGAAUCCAUUUCAUGCUCUCAUCUUAUGCCCCAGUUAUAUCUUCUGCUAAGGCCUUCCAUGAGCAGCUAUCAGUGCCUGAGAUCACCAGAGCUGUGUUUGAGCCAACAAGCAUGAUGGUCAAGUGUGAUCCAAGACAUGGAAAGUACAUGGCAUGUUGCCUCAUGUACCGUGGGGAUAUUGUGCCAAAAGAUGUAAACCUUGCUGUCUCAAAUAUCAAGACAAAGAGACAAGUUCAAUUUGUAGACUGGUGUCCUACUGGUUUCAAAUGUGGUAUAAACUACCAGGCUCCAACAGUUGUACCAGAUGGUGACCUUGCAAAGGUGAAGAGGGCAGUUUGUAUGAUUAGCAACAACACAGCUGUGGCUGAGAAGGUGAGUUCUCAGAAGCCAGGGAGGAUCUUGCAGCCCUUGAAAAGGACUAUGAGGAAGUUGGAGAUGAAGGUGUGGAUGAUGAAGUUGGUUACUGAAAAAAGUACCAAAAGUAAUAUCAGUAUGAGACAGUUCGUGUAUGAAAGGGACAAAAACUGACUAAAGAGAUUCAAAAGAUUCAACUUCUUAAGAACUCUCUCCCGAAACCUAAGCAUACAUGUAAAAAGAUUUAGUUUCAUCAAAAGUAUCAUUUAUAGAGGUAAAAACGAUAUCUUUUGGACAACAAUAUCUUUUUAAUUAUCAAAACCAAUUAAUACAACUCUAGGAUCUAACUUUCCACAAAACUGACUACAAAUAUGGAUAAACAUAACACAUCCAAACACCCAACUAUGAAGAAUAGAGAGAAAGAGAAUAGAUGGAAGGAAAGAAGAUAUGCACUCAGAUCAUCUAAAACCCAAUAAAUAAUUAGUUAAUAAGAUAGGCAGUAGGGAGGACAACCUAACCCUAACACGAUUAAGAGAAAUACAUGUAGAGAAUAAAUGCCCGUGUCACCUUAAAAAUGCCUAUUUCUUCUUUCAACAACGUCAUUUUGUUGUGGUGUUAUACACAUGUGAAUUCAUGAAUAACACCAUUCUUGAAAAGGAAUUUAAGCAUGUCAUGAUUUAUCAUAUGGAAGAAUCUGACAAAUACGAUAAACACUUCAAAAUUUUCUUUUAUGAGAAAAACCCAUGUAGUAAAUGUACAAUCAUCAAUAAAAGCAACAAACCAUUUAGUACCAAAUAUGCUAGAGUUUGACACAGGUCCCCAAAUGAGCACUUUUUGUAUUAUUAGGAGGAUAUGUUGCACAAUGGUGCUUAACAAGUUGACAUACAUCACAUUUAAAUGGCUCAGGCUCAUUGGAUUCACAAUUCUCAAGUUAGGUACAAACCUCCCUUGUACAUCCACUCAAGGAACCCAACAAUUGACGCCAUUAGUGAAAAGUGUUAUACGAGUAGAUGACUUGUGUGUAGAACACCUUUCAAGGUGAAGGAAGAGUUUGCAAUGUGUGGAGAACAUUGU